CUGCUCACCCCGCCCAUGUUUUAUAACCGACCAAUCAGAGAUGGAGUGGGCGGAGUCAGGGAUACCAGCGGAGGAUUCAAACGGAAGAUGGCAGCGGAUAAAGAGACAAAUGAAAAUACACAAAACAGAAGGGGUACGGUGUGUAACGUGGUGAUCAGCCAGAAUGCGGGGGGCUCAUGGGGCGGCGGUGGGGUUGGGGGCCGCCCGCCAAUCAUCUUCAACCCAGACUUCUUUGUGGAGAAGCUACGUCACGAGAGACCUGAGGUGUUUCAAGAACUAGUGCUUAGCAACAUCACCCGCCUCAUCGACCUUCCCGGUGCUGAGUUCUCUCUGCUGUUGGGGGACGAGGGAGGGCCCAAGACCCCCACGGGGGCCGGAGGGGGAUUCUUCCGCUCCUUCAACUUCCUCAAACGUAAAGAUAAGGAAGUGGUGUUCGGGACUCCUCUGACAGAGGGAGGCAUCGCCCAGAUUUACCAGCUCAUCGAAUACCUCAGCAAGAACCUGCAGGUGGAGGGUCUGUUCAGGGUGCCGGGUAACAGUGUACGGCAGCAGGCCCUGAAGGAACAGCUGAACAGUGGGGCAGACAUCGACCUGGAGGCAGGGGGCUUCCACCCCAACGACGUGGCCACCGUCCUCAAGACCUUCCUGGGAGAGCUACCUGAACCCCUCCUCACGCACCAACACUUCAACGUUCACCUCAAAAUAGCAGACAUGACUCUGUUUGAUGAGAAGGGCAACAAGACGUCAGUACCUGAUAAGGAGCGUCAGAUUGAAGCCUUCCAGCUCCUCUUCCUGCUGCUGCCCCAGGCCAACCGCAGCCUCCUCAAACUGAUCCUGGACCUGCUCUACCACACCGCCAAGCAGCAGGACAAGAACAAAAUGUCCGCCUUCAACCUCGCUCUCAUGUUCGCCCCCCACGUCGUAUGGCCCAGAAAUAUGGUGGCCAGUGACCUCCAGGAAAAUCUGAAGAAGCUAAACUACGGCAUGGCCUUCCUCAUCAAACACUCCCAGAAACUAUUCCGGGCUCCUGUGUACAUGAGAGAGCAUGCCAGAAUGCUCUUCACAGGAUCUAAGAGCCUGCAGACCAAGGAUGAUAUAGACCUGUUACCUGUGACUGGUUCCCCUGCCCCUGUUCCCCUGCCCCUGAAGAGGUGUUGGGCUGACCCGUCUCAGUACCUGUCCCCCUCCCAAUACCCCUCCUCCUCCUCCUCCUCCUCGUCCCAGGGCCAGCAGCACCACACAGAGGAGUCCCUGAAGGAGCUGUUCAGACACGUCUAUGACAACAUGCCCAACUCUGCCAAGAAGAAGAAACUCCUACUACAGCUUGCCAAACAGACCACCCCCGGCCCGGCCCCCCCAGGGACACCCAUAUACAACUAUCAGACCCCCCCGGCCCAGAGCAAGAAACACCCCCGCUCCCGCUCCUUCGGUGGAUUCAUCAAGAGGAGACAUAAGGGGGACCAACUGGCGUUGGAGAGGAGGGGCAGACACAUCUCCCCGGAGAUGGUUGCUGCGGCGACGGGACGUCAGGGAAAGGAGAACGUCGUCCUGCAGUCGGUGAACAGUCCGGUGACAGUGAAUAAUAAUACUCCAGUGGGGGUCAAGGCCUCUGAUAGCAUGGCCCUCAAUAGAGAGAGGGUACUCAAAGUAUCAAAGGACUCUCCAUCCAUCUCCAGAAUGUGUUUCUCUCCCUCCCUAGAAACCUCGAUGUAAAGGAUUGGUACUAGCAACACUGGACUUGUUUUUUUGUAUUUUAACUAAACUAUAUUUUAACUUUCUAAAGCUGUGACAAAUACAACAACAACAUUGGUCUUCUGCAAGACAUGGGUUGCAUCCCAAUAAUCUCUCCUUUCUCCUGAAGUGUGCACUUGUUCACUUCCCUCAAUGGGUUUGAAAGGAAAUGACUGGUAUAUCUAUAUGGAAACUCCUUCUAGCCCAUGCCUACACAAUCCAAUACUUUUACAUUUGUGGGGAGUAGUGAACGAGUGCACACUUCAGGAGGAGAGAUAAAGGAGGGAUUAUUGGGACGCAACCCAGGAAAGUACAAGACCAGUGUGGAGGCAGGGACAGAAGGGAGCUUUCUUUGGUCUGGUUGGGGUCUGGGUGCCACUCAUAACUUGAAACAGUUUUGUUAGAUACUUUUACCAUUGACCGCUAGCUAGCUGAGCCUACAUAGAUACUUUUACCAUUGACCACUAGCUAGCUGAGCCUACAUAGAUACUUUUACCAUUGACCACUAGCUAGCUGAGCCUACAUAGAUACUUUUACCAUUGACCACUAGCUAGCUGAGCCUACAUAGAUACUUUUACAGUUUACCGCUAGCUAGCUAGCUGAGCCUACAUGGAUACUUUUACUGUUGACCGCUAGCUAGCGGAGCCUACAUAGAUACUUUUACCGUUGACCACUACCUGAGCC